AUGGAUCUUGAUGAAGAAGGUCGACUAAGGAACCUCUUUUGGGCUGAUGCUAGGAGUAGAGCAACUUGUGAAGAUUUCGGAGAUGUUAUCACAUUUGACACGACAUGCUUGACCAAUAAAUAUGAUAUGCCAUUUGCUCCUUUUGUUGGAGUAAAUCAUCAUGGUCAGUCUUUAUUAUUGGGUUGUGGCUUGCUUUGUGAUGAGACUACAAUGUCAUUUACAUGGCUAUUUGAGGUGUGGAAGACAUGCAUGAAGGGAAAAUCUCCAAAUGCUAUAAUUACUGAUCAAUGUGCAGCAAUGAAAAAUGCUAUUGAGGUUAUGUUUCCAAAUGCUAAACAUCGAUGGUGCUUGUGGCAUAUUAUGGAAAAGAUUCCAAAAAAGCUCAGGGGUUACAAAAAAGAAUACGAGGAGAUAAAGACUAUUAUGACUGAUGCAGUAUAUGAAGCAUUAACUAUUGAUGACUUUGAGAGAGAAUGGACAUCCAUGCGUGAGAAAUAUUUUCCCAAUGGAGAUAAUUGGUUAGAUGGGUUGUAUAAAGAAAGGCAUCGAUGGUCGAAAACCAGUUUGAAAAUCUUUGUAGAACAAUAUGGAGCAGCCAUGGCAGAUAAGAUUGAAAAGGAAGAGCAAGAAGAAUUUAAUACGUUGUCUAGAGGUGUAGAACCAUUUAGUGGUUUCAAGUUUGAGAAACAAUUUCGAGAUGCUUAUACAAAUGCAAAAUUCAAAGAGUUUUAG